GUUGCUCGCUCGCCGACUCUUAUUCGCGGGGCGUUCGCCUGGGAAAAGCCAGAGGGGGGUUUUGGUGUGUGUUUGUGUGGGGUUUUGUUUUGGAGGGGACGCGCAAAAGCGGUCCGGGGUCUUUUCCCUUCCGAUGGAGGCUUUCCACCCGAGCAAGCUAGAGAAGCACCAUCACCACCACCGACACCACCACCACCAUCAGCCGGUGGAGUUUUUGCAAGGAGGCGGCAGGUACGCGACGAAGAGCCACCACAGCGCUUACGGGAACGCGUUCAACUCUUGGAACGAUUACCUGGGCUUGGCCACGCUGAUCACCAAAGCGGUGAGCCAGGAAAAGGGCUUUCGGACCGGAUCCUCCUCCGUGGUUGUGGCGGCCGCCGUGCAGCAGGUCCCGGCGACCGAGGAAGGCGAGGAGGGGGAGGAAGAAGAAGACGAGGAGGAGGAAGACGAGGAAGACGACGACGAAGUGGGAGCCCCUUAUUUCGAGAGCUCCCUGGAUUUGCACGAUUUUGACUUGUACGGGCACCAUCACCACCACCACCUUAACCCGAGCGAAAACCUGCUGGAGGAGCGUUUCGCCGAUUUUAGCCCCUUCUCCGGCAGAGCCAGCCCGGCUUCGGUGGUGUUCAAUUGCUCCCCUGACCAUCUGGAAAGAGAUCGCUCGCCUCACGCUUGGGGCGGCCGCCUGGUGGUCGACGGCCGACUGCCAGCGCCUCCGAAAAGCGCCUCCAGGCUGCUGAAGCCGGAAUUGCAAGUGUGCGUUUUCUGCCGGAAUAAUAAAGAAGCCGUGGCCCUCUACACCACGCACAUCCUUAAGGGACCCGACGGCAGAGUCUUGUGCCCCGUGCUGAGGCGAUACACUUGCCCUCUCUGUGGAGCCAGUGGAGACAACGCGCACACGAUCAAGUAUUGCCCCUUGUCUAAAAUGCACGGCAGCGCCCCCAAACCACCGCUUAAAAACGCCCGGCAUAUCCUGGGCAAGAAGCUCCGCUAGGGGACGCUUGCCGAGCCUUGGCCGCGUCAGUGUUUGUGUGGAGACCAGGACUGCGAAUCAAAAACAUUGGACCAAGGAAAGAAAAGAAAAAAAAUAUCCACUACGAUUUCAGUCUUUCAUUUCAUUUUCUGUUCUUUUGCGCUCGCGUGCCCUCUACAGGGCUGUAAAGAAGGCGGCAAAUGCCUUUUGGUUUGUUUGUUUUUUAAACACCGAUUGUAAUCAAAUGAUGUUUCUUAAUAUAUUUAAAUAAUAUGAAGAUGUAGAAUGUACAGAGAGAUGUUCUUGAUUUAUGUAUCAAAUAACUGAGUAUAGUUUCUAGUUUGUAUAUGUAGUAGCCAGGGAGCCUGGCUUCUGAAUUAAUUCUUAAGAAUGAUAACAUACCGUUUAGACAGGUACUGUAUUUGUUUAUUGUGAAACUUACCUGAUUUUUAAAUGGGACUAAGGAUAUCUCUUAGGCAUAUAUGCUCAGUUUACUGUAGCUUUGUUGAAUAUUCUUGGCUGGAAAGGGAGCACUUUUGAAUAAAGAAAAUACUGUCUUUAAACGAGGUGGCAUAAUACAAAUUUAAUAUGUAUGAAUCAAAUAAUUUUUAAAGAGCUGUUUGGCUGGUCCUACAAUGGUUAUAAAGCAAGAUUGGAAAGGUCAUUAAAUGUGUUGAAUUGGCAUUUGCUUCCUUUGCUUGUCUUCAUUGUCUUCAAGCAAUAUUUUGAUUACUUUAAAAAAAAAAGGCUGCACUUUGUUUGCUUAGAAGUCUUAAAGUUUCAAAUUCACACCUUAACCUUUUUCCCCCUCACAGCUGGUAAGCUCCAUUUCAAGCACCUGCCUGUUUUGAAAUUUCACCGGUUUGCUUCCCUUGGUUGUUUUCCCAAAUACUUGUUUCCUCCAGCUGGCCCAAUUGAGACCACUUGAUCUUUGUGACACCUUCACUUCUACUUUAGAAGAACCUGGUUUUUUUCCUGAGUUUUCUCCACUACCUCCA